AUGGAGGUCCGACGAAAACCACCAGGACGAGGAGGUAGUCAUCAAAGAGGUGCUCAGCGUGGUCAACGUGGUGGACAGAAAUCUCGAACGACAUCUCGUAGUACGAGCGAAAACAUCGUCACCCCACAGGUGACGAAAGGCAGUCGUCUGGAGGGACGAGUAAGCGGCCUGCCGUUUGAGGUAAACUCGUCCAGCCGACGUGGACGUGGCAAUGGUGGUGUUCGUGCUCAGCAAAAUCGUCGUGUCACGACGACUUCUAACGGCGAGCUCAAGUUGAACGUUAAAAUGCAGAACGAGAGUCGUUCCGCCGAUAAGUACGAGAUCAAAAGGUUAUUGCGAAAAUUGGUGAACAGAGUGGAGCAACUCGAACGAAAAGAACGACAACAAAAACGAAAAGCUUCGAACGAAACAAAAACAGCCACACCUGGGGCGGAGCCAAAACUGGAGCACUCCACGAAUUCCGAAGUCGCUUUUGAAUCCAUUGAUGCUAAGCCGACAUCAAAAUCUAUCGAAGAGGACGUCGUGACGAACACGAAAAACUCAUCAGAAUCUCCAAAACGUGCUGACGCCAAUCAAAACAUCAUCAAACUUGUUGAGGAGAAAGUGUUACAGAUUCAGAUGUCUUGA